UGGGUUUCACGUGGAUCAAACAUUAUUGUACCUACGACAAAGGAAGCAAAACGUUCACGAUGAAUGUCUCGGAAGUGAAAGCCAGUGGGAAGAUGAACGGCCUCGUUACUGGUUCACCCGAAAUGUUUAAAUUAAAGUCAUGUAUCCGACGAAAGACAGAUUCAAUUGACAAACGCUUCUGCUUUGACAUCGAAGUGGUCGAAAGGCAUGGCAUCAUCACGCUACAGGCAUUCUCUGAAGCCAACCGGAAACUCUGGCUGGAGGCCAUGGACGGGAAAGAACCGAUUUACACGCUGCCUGCCAUAAUUAGCAAGAAAGAAGAAAUGUACUUAAACGAAGCAGGGUUCAACUUCGUGAGAAAAUGCAUUCAAGCUGUGGAAACACGAGGCAUCACCAUUUUAGGCCUGUACCGAAUAGGAGGUGUGAACUCCAAGGUCCAGAAACUCAUGAACACCACAUUUUCUCCCAAAUCCCCUCCUGAUAUGGACAUUGAUAUUGAGCUGUGGGACAACAAGACUAUAACAAGUGGGCUGAAAAACUACCUCAGGUGCCUUGCAGAACCACUGAUGACUUACAAAUUGCACAAGGAUUUCAUCAUUGCCGUCAAGUCAGACGACCAAAACUACAGAGUGGAGGCCGUCCAUGCACUGGUGCACAAAUUGCCGGAGAAAAACAGAGAGAUGCUGGACAUACUGAUAAAACACCUGCUCAAAGUAUCACUACACAGCCAACAAAAUCUCAUGACUGUGUCGAAUCUCGGCGUCAUAUUUGGUCCAACCCUGAUGAGAGCGCAGGAAGAAACCGUAGCCGCCAUGAUGAACAUCAAGUUUCAGAACAUAGUGGUGGAAAUCCUGAUUGAGCACUAUGAAAAGAUUUUUCAUACUGCCCCAGACCCAAACAUUCCUCUUCCUCAGCCUCAGUCUCGAUCUGGAUCUCGAAAGACCCGUGCCAUCUGCCUGUCCACAGGCUCUCGGAAGCCCAGAGGGAGGUACACGCCAUGCCUAGCAGAGCCUGACAGUGAUUCCUACAGCAGCAGCCCAGACAGCACACCCAUGGGCAGCAUAGAGUCGCUCUCUUCCCACUCCUCUGAACAAAACAGCACCACAAAGCCGACUUCCUGCCAGCCCAGGGAGAAGUCAGGUGGCAUCCCCUGGAUCGCGUCUCCAUCAUCUUCCAAUGGACAGAAAAGUCUGGGUCUCUGGACAACUAGUCCAGAGUCAAGUUCUAGAGAAGAUGCAACCAAAACAGAUGUGGAGUCAGACUGCCAGAGUAUGGCCUCCGUCACCAGCCCGGGGGACGUGUCUCCCCCCAUAGACCUAGUCAAGAAGGGGCCCUAUGGGCUGUCAGGACUGAAAAGGUCCUCUGCUUCCUCCUCUCUCAGAUCCAUCUCUGCAGCUGAAGGAAACAAGAGCUACAGUGGAUCCAUUCAAAGCUUAACUUCUAUAGGCUCCAAAGAGUCACCCAAAGCCAUGCCAAAUCCAGAGCUGCCUCCAAAAAUGUGCAGGAGGUUAAGGCUAGACACCACCUCCAGCAAUGGCUACCAGCGACCUGGCUCAGUGGUGGCAGCCAAGGCUCAACUCUUUGAAAAUGCUGGGUCGCCCAAGCCAAUUUCUUCUGGACGCCAAGCCAAAGCCAUGUACUCCUGCAAAGCUGAGCACAGUCAUGAGCUGUCCUUCCCCCAGGGGGCGAUCUUUUCCAAUGUGCACCCGUCAGUGGAGCCAGGCUGGCUAAAGGCGACUUAUGAAGGCAGAACAGGACUAGUCCCUGAAAACUAUGUUGUCUUCCUCUAAUAGUAUUAGUGGACGGCAGUAUCUUCAUGGUAUCCAUGGUAACACAUAAUAAGUGCUAUGAUUUUAUCUGACACAGAUAUGGGGGACCAGCCACUAAAUGAAAACAGCUAUUUGUCUCGAGUUUUCACCAGCAGAGUAUGUAGCUCCCACCUGAUGUAAAGAGAUACAAAAAUCUGUACAUCUUAGCCAUUCUUUUUGGCUGUUUCCUUACUUCUAAAAUACACUUGCCUUUUUUUUUUUUUUUCUUUUUUUUUUUUUAAGAAGUGAUUUUUGACAGUGUCUGCUCUUUAGCAGCUGCAGAAUCCUAGAUACUGAGCUCGGUUCUACAUACCUAAGAUUUGGAAGUCAGAAAUCUGCUGUACCCAUGUUAAGAUAUGUUCCUUAUUGCCUGGAAGUCUCUGAGGAACCUUGAAAUCAUAACCUUAAAAAUGUAAUUUAAACUGUUCAUUUAUUAUUUUUUUUUAAAAUAUACUGUUUUAUGUGUGAUUGUUUUGCUGGUCCUAAACAUUUCAAGAGAAUCAAUCCUUGUUUUAUCAUAGCUAUAUUUUUAUUUGUUUUCUAAGAAGAUAGUAUUUGAAAGCAAUAAUGUAUAUGAAGUCUGUAAAGAAAGCCGAGUUAAGUCGAACACUGAAUCCACCAUAAGCAGUCUAUCCAGAAUUCAAGAUGGCUUCUGUGGGUUCCAAGAGAAACAAGACUAUUGAGCCCGGAAGUCAAUAAUUCGUGGCAGGCUAGAUUUCACUUGUGACCCUGCCCUUGAGGAGGCCUGUAAACCUAUCUUGGGACUUUCAUAAAACACAAAUGUUAAUAAAUGGCAUGUGCUUCUCUUUGCUCCCUAGCAGCAUUGUGACAUUGUGGUGGCAGUUAUGGGAGGUGUAAAGGUGCUGUGCAGCGUACAGCCUUCCCCCUGGCAGUGCCAAACUCUCCAGCUAUUUUAAUGAUGGGGAAGAUUUGACCUCUGACAUGGUCUUGUACAAAUGAUAAAGAUGUUGUUGGAAAUUUGAAUUGGGAAGCUGUGCCUUCUAAUCUUUGUUUGGUUGAAAUGGAAAACAAACACCCAAGUACCGGGUUCUUAGGCAACCUGGAUCUGAACUUUUUCCCAAGAUUCAUUUAUAUGAAUAUUUUCACGUAUUCACAUGUACUACAUGUGCGCCUUUUACCCAUGAAGGUCAGGAAAGGGAGGUGGAUAGCCUUCAACUGGAGUUCCGGAUGGUUCUGAGUCCCUACAUGGGUUCUGGGACUCUAAAGCUGGUCCUCUGGAAAAGCAGCAAGUGCUCUUAACUGGCCCCAGGCCACUGAGGUUGAAAGCAUGCCCUCAUCAUUAGCAGGAAUGAAGUUUACAGAGGUUUUCUUCAAUGGUGUUCAGUGUACGUCCUUUCCAAAGAAAUCCACUCAGUUAUAGAGCUCACACAGCAAAGAGGUAUUUACUCUCCAUUUACAGGUUAUCAACAAAGGGUUAUAUACCAGCCGCUUCUUCUCAUAAUCCACUUCAGUAAUUCCACCCAUAAUUCCUAUGAGUGUCUACAAUGGCAAAAAAAAAAAAAAAAAAAAGAAAAAAGAAAAAAAAGCUUUUCUUCUCCAUGCUCUAAAAAGUGGUCUCUCCGGGCCCACAUUAUAUGGCCUUGUUAUCUAACUGAUUCCCUCAGUUUUCUCUAGUUCAUAGACACUUGGGUGUCUAAAGGUCCAUGAAGCUGUUUUUACAUGUUUUAGCCUUUACUCUCAAUUCAUCCUACAUCACUGUUUCUAGAGCUAAUAGCCGGAGUAUACACACAGCACUGUGCCUUUGUGCAUUUAUGCUUUUAAAUGAAAUAUGGUAAUGGUUAGAAUUAAAGAGUAGAGAGUAACAAUAAACAGACGAAUACAUGCAGAAAUCACAUCACUGAACUGAAGGCAAUGAACAGAAACCAUCUCAUAAAGGUUCUUUGGCUCUUUCUCUUUCCCCCUCAUGGUGGUCCCUGCAUACUGCAGUGAGGUGUUGCCGAGCCCCUGCUCACGGUGGGUGCCUGAUGGCUUUUAGUACACGAAUGCCAUUGCUGGCUCUGAUGACCUUUUCCUGAACAGAAGGUAGCCUUUAUCACACCUAUCUACAGGGCACUCUGUUGAAGCCCCUGGUCAUCACCCCCUUGCAUCGCAUUAGCUCAGGACCCCUGAAGGCAAACUGGUCUGCUUUCAAAGACCAGCUGGACAGCAAAGCUUUGGAGCUUUCUCUGCUGCUGCUGCUGCUGCUGCUGCGCAAAGGAAUCUCCGCUUCUGUUUUAUUUUAACGCAGACCAGAGCAUUGCUGUCUCCCAGCUGUGCGCCAAACCCACAGAUGCUUCCUGGAGGCUUUAGGGCUUCUCCUCUGUAGAGCAUGGGUAUGAGAUCUAGCUGUCCUUUCACACGGCGAGGUUUACUCCGUGCCAUUAUUUGUCGAGGUUCCAUCCCUGAAACAAGACACAAACAUGCUGCUUUGUGUUGCACUUGUGCUUGAAGUCCUGACCUUUUAGAUCUUUUUCUUCAUUGUAAUUACGAAUGUGAGGAAAUCAUGAUGGUAGGCUGGAGAGAGGAUAACGCUGCUUUCCCCUUGAAGUCAGCUUCCUGCAGAUGAAACGCUCAGGAGCAUGCAAAGAUCAAGACGUGAACGCUGAAGCACAUGGAAGGUUUGCUGUGCAUGAGAGCGCUGCCAGGCAUGGAAGAGGCUCACCCCAAACUGUGAUCCCAUUGAAGCAAUGAAGAAGCUUACCUGCCCAGAGACAGUGGAGCAUGUUAGAACUGUCACAGCUGCACGCUGAGACCUAGGACAUGCACCCAAGUAAAUGCUUAGAGAUAGUUUGAUCCUUGUGAGGUGGCAUUGAGGGCUUGAUGUAACCCCUUGCGUGUUUUGUGCAGGUAUCCCUGAGUUCGAAACAUUGAUGUAUAAACAGGAGACUCUUUGUCUAUGCUGCCAUUCCACUAAGUUCGGUCCAUACGAGUUAGUCAUUCAACUGAACGAUUUUCCUAAUGUAUGUCAGUAUCAGAAAAGUAAAAUAAUCUUUCUAUCUCUGCAGUGUCUGUGCAGUUUGAAGAGGUGUUCUUUCCUUGUUUGCUGGCUUAAUUUAUUGUGUUAUAGGAAUGAGUGAAAUAGUCAUCCGUUCCCUUUGCUAGAAGACUCUUUCAGGGAUGGUGGGCUAAAGAAAGGACAAAUAUAUUUUAGAUGUCUCCUAAUCCCCAACUGCCGAGGCCCCCAAAUAGUGAAAAUAAAAGGAUAUGAGAUUUUCUCCAUUUUCUUUUCAGUAGUUAACCUUUCAUAUGGAGACUGCCUUCGGAACACCUGCUGUGUUGGAAAUAAAUGAAGUCUCUCUGUGCUUCUGUGAAGACUUCCUGCUGCUAACAUCUCUCCCAGCCUUGGGCCUCACAUCUUUGUGUCAUGCAGGGGCUAAAUUAGAAAAGUUGUGCAGAUCUCAACUCAGAGAACUUUAAUUUGUCAUGUAGUCUGAACAUUCUAAAAUUCUUGGGAGCCGAGUCUUUUCGAUUUUGGAAUUGUGUCUGUAAAUAAAACACCUGAUGUUCUUGCAGAUAUUCUAAAAUAUGCAGUGAUUGCAGAGAUGGGACCCAGUUCAAACCAGAAAAUUCAUCUCUGUUUCAUUUAUUUGCUAUGCAUAGCCUAAAUGUAAUUUCAAACAAUAUUUGUUAUAUAUGUACAAAGGCAAAUUUAACGGACUUGAAUUUUCCAGUUGUAGCAUCAUGCAAGCACUCCAGAUGUGGUAGGUUUGGGGAUCCAAGACCCUUGCCUGCUUACCACGUUUGUGCUGAGGAUGCCUUGGCAGCUAGGGCACAAAAUUAUUUGUUACCCAGUUUACUCACUAAUGCCAGAAGAGAUUUUGUAUUUUGAAUUCACAGUAUAUUUAUUGCUUAUAGCUCUUAUCAUGACCUUAUGCCACCAUAUAAGAUGUCAAAAACCAUCUCUUGGUAGAGACAAAAAUGGAGGUUUGACUCCUAUCUAGAAAUUACUUUCCUUUUGACCAUAGGGUCAUCUUCCCCUAAGGGUCAAGUUUCCUUUGUUUCUCUAUGACUUUCCAAAAUCAAAACACUUUUAAAAAUGAAACUAGCUUUGCUGAACAGCCUGACUCCAGCCAGCCUCGGUCUGUUGAUUCACAGAUAAUAACAGACAUUUAUCAACUUCCUGAACACAUUUAGUGUAUUCAUCCAUUGUUAUCAUUCACCUUCCUGCUUCAAAUGGUGAUGCCUUUGGGAAAACAGGUUUAUGAAUGACAUGAUGGGUCAAGUACUCAAGUACUCGAGUGAUUCUUAUGAAAGAAUGGUAAGGCAGCUGCAUCCAUCCUUUUCAAGAAACUCACUGGAAUGCACUUGUCAAGAAACUGACCAUAUUUGCUCCACCAGUGUUUAUAAACUUCCCUGUGGACUAGAGACCCAGCAGAGUAUGACUUCAUUCCUCUAUAGUGACAGACAGGCCAUGCUUGUGGGCAGGCAUUUCUUAAGGUUAUAGGGAGAAGUCGAACCUUUGUGCUCAUUGAAUAAGUCUGACAGGCAAGGAAGCAUUUUCCAUGAUUCAAGAUGUUCAUGUGCAGGUCUGCUUGAGGAAGUGUAGUGUGGGAGGGAGUUGGAGCUGAAGGUCCCAGGACACCUCCAUUAAAUGCUGUUGCUUUCAUCAUCACAACCAUCAGCCAUCUCUCACCAGUGCCUCCUAGAGUCUGUGCUCUUCUGUGGUUGCUAUGGAAGCUAUGCCUGAAUCCACUCACCUCUGAUGGAGAGUGUCCAUGGCUGCCUAUGCCACAGCAGGGUGAAGGUUCUCUCUUCCACCUACUUUUUGAGGAAAAUGGCAUGUGCUUUUCUGGAUUUGGGAGCACUGUAUGCUCAUACUCCAUGCUUAAAGCCUAUAGUACCAACAAACACUCAUGGAUAGCGUUUUCAAGUCUUUGAACUCUGAGCUGAAGCCCUUAUAAAUAGGGAAUAUGACAGCAAAGAUGCCCGUGUUUUUCAUUCAUAAUCUAUUUAUGUACUGCUCAAGUUUGAGGUACAAUUGUCUAUGUAAAAGCCAAAUAUUUAGGUACAACACCAGGAGCUCCUUUGCAUCCAUAUCAUGAAGAUUUAGAUAAUGGAUAUGGCAAAAGCUAUCAUCAAUAAAUUAUUCUGCUGAA